AGUCAACUUGAUGGAGGUUUUGUGACUUUGUGGUGUUUUCCUCCUGCAGGCUGUCCUGUCGUCUCACUCCUCCCCUGUUUGAUCCACAUGGACUCGGCCAUCUCCCACCACAACAAGCUGCAGACUGCUCACACCUCUCAGGACAACGACCCCAAACACACAGCCAAAGUCAUUAGGAACUAUCUUCAGUGUAAAGAAGAACAAGAAGUACUGGAAGUGAUGGUACGGCCCCCACAGAGCUCUGAUCUUAACAUCAUCGAAUGUGUCUGGGAUUACAUGAAGAGACAGAAGGGGUUGAGGAAGCCUGUAUCCACAGAAAAUCUGUGUUUAAGGACCCGCUGCCUUGAUCUUCUGGGCUUCCAGCAGUUUAUGGAAGACAGUGAAAUGACCUCUGACCUGAUGGACGAGGGAAAGGAGCUGAACCGCCAGGAAAGUCAUCUGCUGGGAGAAGAAACAACAGUGAAACGGGAAGUACAAAGAAGCUGCUCAUCACUGGAUAUUCUGCUUAAGAUUGAAGAUUGAACAUCUGCCUCCCAGCAGCUCCAACCACAUCAUCAGGUUCGCUCAUCAGCAACGACGACGAGUCGGCGUACAGAGAUGAGUUUGAGCAGCUGGCGUUCUGGUGCAGCGAGACCACCAACACCACCUCCAUCACCAAAAUAGCCUAGCAGCGCCUCCACUUCCUGAGACGCCUGAAGCGGGCCAGCCUUCCUCUUCCCAUCCUCACCGUGUUCUACAGGAGCACCAUAGAGAGUGUUCUGACCAGCUGCAUCUC